AGAAUUCAAUCUGUCACUUAAAUAACCUGAAAAAAAAGAAAUUUUUGCCGAUUUCUAUUUUGAAUUAUAUGUUAAUUAUACCUUAAUCACGCCUGUUAUUAGUUUUUUUGUUAAUAACUAAUUAGAAUAUAAACAUUUUAAAUCCUUAUUUCUGUUUUUAAUUAUAUUAAAUUCAUUUGAUCUAUUUAAAAUUGAAAUUAUGGGUAAAGUAAUAUCACACAUGAAACGUCCUUUUUUGAAUUACAAUAUAGAAAGCAGAGCCCAUAAAAUAAUUUCACAAAAUAAGCCCAUUCCUGCACCUCAUCAUAAAGUAGAACAAUUGGAAAUUGAACAAAUUUUGAAAGAGAACUCGGCUGAAUUUCAAGAAACAUUACGUAAACAUGAAGAGCUUAAUAGGAACCUCAAAAAGGUUUUUGUCACAUCAGAGUCAAAGAUAGAAAGUACAGGUAAACCUCAAAGACCUCUACCUACAGAUAGGAGCUCAUAUUCAGAAUCUACAUUUGUUCCUGUUGAGCCAGUGUAUGUUCCUAAAGGAAGGGUAUCUUUAGUCAAUGCUUUGAAGUUUAUUACUGAUCAUCAUGCUGAUGCUUCAAAAUGUAAGGUGGAUUAUAUAGUUAAAGAAUAUUCUUUACCAGAAGCAACAGUAAGAAAUAUAUUGAGGUACUGCAGGACUUUCGAAAUCUACAUACCAGAUGAUAAAAAAACAAAAGCUAAAUUUGCUGGACCCACUAUCAAGAGGCUGAAAGUAACAAAAGGACCUUCAAAACAGUUGACUUCAGGGAAAGGACCUUCAAAACAGUUGACUUCAGGGAAUAAAAAGGAGGAAGAUGUAAAAAAAAUAGAUAAAUGAAGACAAUUUUAUGAAAUUGUGUAGAUGAUAUUGUUGAAAUUAAAUAUUCCAGCUUAGGAAAAUUAA